AUGAUCGAUGACUCCCUUGAGCUGAACGUUGGAGGAAACAUGGAGCUCCAGCAUGAAGCCGAGCUAAUCAUCCGACAAAGAAAGAGGAAGAACGACAUUACGGUUGAAGAAUUCCUUUACCUGUCAGUUCCCUAUGCUAAAAUUCUCAAUAAAAUGGCAAGAACUUUCGGAGAAGCUAUGCAACAGGACUGGAUGGUAAAGAAUGAUCUUAGAAAGUGGAACAAAUAUGUAUUUGAAUAUUGUGAUACUAACAUUGCAAGUAUCAUGGAAAAACUGAACGAAAUUCAAAGCAAAUACCCAACACCCGAGACAAAAGAACAAGAAGAAAAUCUCAUGGCAGACCUUGAAGAAAAUCUUAUAAAAAAAGAUCUUAUAUGGAGACAGAAAUCAAGGGAGCUAUGGCUAAAAGACGGAGACAGAAAUACUAAAUUCUUCCACUUAUCAACUGUCAUCCGACGGAGAGCAAAUCAAAUAGCGGCUAUCAAGGACAACAAUGGGGAAUGGAGCCAAGACCAUGUAGUAUUUGGAGAAUACUUUCUUAGAAACUUCCAAGACCUCUUUAAUACCUCCAAUCCUGCAAUACCUGAAGACAUGGAAGACCUAAUCGGCCAUAUCAUCACUGCACCUGAAAAUGAGAGACUAAUCCAAGCCUCAGAUGAUAAGGAAAUCCUGACAGCCCUAAAUUCAAUUCCGAACCUCAAAGCUCUGGGCCCUGAUGGAAUUCCCUAUCUUUUCUAUAAGCACUAUGGAGAAACAGUGAAGCCCCUACUAUGUUCAGCUGUCAAGAGCUUUUUCAACUCGGGCUUCAUGCUUAAGGAGUAG